AUGGUGCUUUCUCCCAGGGUCUACCAGUUCCUGGUAGGCGUUUUCGCCUCUCUGGGGUCAUUCAACUACGGAUAUGAUCUCGGCGUUAUCGGAGGCAGUGUUGCAUCGGACUCGUUCGUCGCGCUUUUCAACCCCAACAAGAAUGAAGUUGGUGCUGUAGUGUCUCUGUUCACUGGUGGUGGAUUCUUUGGUGCGGGACUCGCGGGACCCGUGGGUGACUGGCUCGGCCGGAGACUGGCCAUCAUGAUUGGCGCCACCAUCUUCUGCCUCGGCGGAGCCCUACAAGCUGCAGGCCAGCAUUUGAACUUCUUCUACGCUGGACGCGCUGUCGGAGGGUUCGGCGUUGGUUUCCUGGUCAUGAUCGUGCCAAUGUACCAGGCCGAGAUCUCCCAUCCCUCCAUUCGAGGUCGUGUCACCGGCCUGCAACAGUUUAUGCUCGGAAUAGGAGCCGUGUUUGCAACAUGGACCGUUUAUGGCACCAACCUGCACUACGACAACAGCGAGCAGUGGCGAAUUCCGCUUGGGCUUCAGAUCAUACCGGCGGGCAUCCUUGCACUCAUGAUACUCCUCUUCCCGGAAUCACCACGUUGGUUGAUCGAUCACGGCAAGGAGAGCGAAGGCCUUAAAACACUAGCGAGGCUACAUGCCAACGGCAACGAGAACGACGUAUGGGUCCAGGAGGAGUUUGCCCAGAUCCAGGCGGCUAUCACCCACGAGCACGAGCACGCUGCGAGAGGAUACCGCGAUCUUUUCACCGAUCGGUCGAGCUUCCGUCGGCUCCUGCUGAUGGUGGCUUUGCAAGCAUCCGUGCAGAUGACUGGUGUUUCAGCCAUCCAGUACUUUACGCCCGAUAUCUACAAGCAGGUCAACAUUGGGACAACAGAUUCGUUGAAGUACCAGGCCAUCAGCAACGUUCUUUCCGUCCUCGCUCAGCUAUGCACCAUACUUUUCAUCGACAAGCUUGGCCGCCGCUGGCCUUUGAUCCUCGGCAACGCAAUCAAUGGUGUCUGCUUCAUCAUCGUCACCGCCGCCAUCGCGAGUUUCCCCAACGCCUCUAGUUCAGGUCAGAGUGCACUUGCCUGGGUAUUCAUCGUCAUCAACUGGGUCUACCAAGUCAGUUUCUCAUUCACCUGUGGCUCUCUGUCCUGGAUCAUUCCCGCCGAGGUCUUCGACACCAAGACUCGUUCAAAGGGGAUCUCGAUCGGAGUCAUGACCUCGUUCGCAUUCAACACGAUGAUUGGGCAGGUCACUGCCCCGGCCAUUGCAGAUAUUGGCUGGAGGUACUUCCUCGUCUUUGUGGUCUGCAACUUCACAAACGCCAUCUUCUUCUGGGCAUUCAUGCCUGAGACCAAGAAGCUCCCUCUGGAGGAGAUGAACGCCUUGUUCUCGUCAAGUUCUUGGUUCGUGCCGGGGUCAAAGAGGCAGUUCAAGAGUGACCUGGACGCUCGAGUUGAGGAAGCAAGAAGGGAGAAGGAUGGCGUUGUUGAGGUUGAAUGA